GGCUAAUGCAAAUCACUGAAAUAACACAGCAGCAGAAGAAAGCAUCUGUGCAACCCAGGCUCACCAUCAGACACACAAGCAGGGAAUCAGAGAGCACGACAAAGACGUCCGGCUUUACGCUGCAGUAUCAAUCACAAUACAAUAAAGAAAAGGACGCUUUAAAAACGGUGUGGUCUAUGAAUCUGGCAAAUACAUCUUAGCCAAGAAAACACAGUACAGUACCCGGAAUCAUAGGUUAUAAACCAUUGAAGAUGUCCUUUGAGAGAGACAUGGAGUUUGAGCACUUUGACGAGCGAGAUAAAGCACAGAGGUAUAAUCGAGGAAGCUCACGGGCAAAUGGUUUGCAAAGCCCCACUCAUAGCGCCCAUUGCAGCCUGUACCGAACCCGCACCCUGCAAGCACUCAGCUCUGAGAAGAAGGCGAAGAAAGUUCGCUUUUACCGCAACGGAGACCGGUACUUUAACGGGAUCGUGUACGCCAUCUCUCCAGACAGGUUUAGGUCUUUCGGUGCUCUGCUGGCUGAUCUAACCAGGGCUCUGUCUGAUAAUGUAAACUUACCACAGGGAGUGAGGACCAUCUAUACAAUUGAUGGCGACAGAAAAAUCUCCUCCCUGGAUCAGCUGAUGGAAGGUGAAAGCUAUGUGUGCGGCUCAAUAGAAUCCUUCAAGAAACUAGAGUACACAAAGAAUGUAAACCCGAACUGGUCAGUGAAUGUCAAGACGCUGGCCACCGCCCGCACCUCGCCUUCCCUGGGUGGCUCCAAGGCCAGCCCUGUCGAGGCCAUAGAGAGCAAAGACUUCAUCCGGCCCAAGCUGGUCACUAUCAUCCGCAGUGGCGUGAAGCCCCGCAAAGCCGUCCGGAUUCUCCUUAACAAGAAGACGGCCCACUCCUUUGAUCAAGUCCUCACAGACAUCACGGACGCCAUCAAGCUGGACAGUGGGGUGGUGAAACGAAUCUACACACUGGAUGGGAAACAGGUGUUGUGCCUUCAGGAUUUCUUUGGAGAAGAUGAUAUUUUUAUUGCGUGUGGACCAGAGAAGUUCCGCUAUCAGGAUGACUUCCUUCUUGAUGAAAGUGAAUGUAGAGUGGUGAAAUCUACUUCGUACAAUAAAAUAGCGAUGGUGCCAGGUAGGAGUACUGCUAAGAGCCCGGGCUCCUCAAGGCGUAGCAAGUCCCCAGCUUCUACAGGCUCAGUCAAUGGGACUCCUGGCAGCCAGCUGUCUACCCCACGGUCUGGAAAGUCCCCAAGUCCAUCACCUACCAGCCCCGGGAGCCUGCGCAAGCACAGGAGUUCUCAGCACAGCGGUUCCUCAGUAUCUUUAGCGUCUACAAAGGUCUGUAGCUCAAUGGAUGAAAACGAUGGACCAGGGAGUGAAGUAGAAGUGAUGGAGGAAGGUCCCCAAGUUCCAGCCUCAAUUGCAGAGAGAUACAAGGUGGGAAGGACAAUAGGAGAUGGCAAUUUCGCAAUAGUACGGGAAUGUGUAGAGAGGUCAACUGGCAGAGAAUAUGCUUUGAAAAUUAUCAACAAAAGCAAGUGCAGAGGAAAAGAACACAUGAUACAAAAUGAAGUUUCUAUUCUCAGAAGGGUAAAACAUCCAAAUAUUGUUCUAUUAAUUGAGGAAAUGGACACAUAUACUGAGCUUUACCUCGUCAUGGAACUUGUCAAGGGGGGCGAUCUCUUUGAUGCCAUUACUUCCACUAACAAAUACACAGAGCGAGAUGCCAGUGGGAUGCUGUACAAUCUAGUCUGCGCUAUCAAAUACCUGCAUAGCCUUAACAUCGUCCACAGAGACAUCAAACCUGAAAACCUUCUGGUUUAUGAACACCAAGACGGUAGCAAAUCCCUAAAGCUUGGUGAUUUUGGCCUAGCCACAGUCGUCGAUGGACCUCUGUACACAGUUUGUGGAACCCCAACAUAUGUAGCACCAGAGAUCAUUGCAGAGACUGGAUACGGCCUGAAGGUGGACCUCUGGGCUGCAGGCGUGAUCUCAUACAUCCUGCUCUGUGGCUUCCCUCCAUUUCGGGGAAGCAGUGAGGAUCAGGAAGUCCUCUUUGACCAGAUUUUAAUGGGGCAGCUGGAUUUCCCCUCUCCAUACUGGGACCACAUUUCAGACUCUGCCAAGGAGCUAAUCACGUUGAUGCUGCAGGUGGAGGUAGACCAGCGGUAUUCUGCAUUGCAGGUGCUGGACCAUCCUUGGGUCAAUGAUGACGGGAUGCCAGAGAACGAGCAUCAACUCUCAGUAGCCGGAAAGAUCAAGAAACACUUCAACACAGGUCCCAAACCCAAUAGCACCACAGCUGGAGUAUCUGUUAUAACACUGGACCACGGGUUUACCAUCAAGAGAUCAGGGUCAUUGGACUACUACCAACAACCAGGAAUGUAUUGGAUAAGACCACCGCUCUUGAUAAGGAGAGGCAGGUUUUCCGACGAAGACGCAACCAGGAUGUGAGGAAGAUGUACGGGGCACAGCACACCACCACCACAGCAGAGCUGACCUCGGAAUCAGAAGACUACUCACCCAGCUCGUCGGAGACCGUCCGCUCACCUAACUCACCUUUUUAACACUCCCCUUUGUCAAACAAACCCAGUUGCCUGACCCUUUGAACGCUACAUUUUUUUUUUGUGUAUUUAUGUUUUAAGUUAUGUUUGAACAGCUACAGCCCUGCAAAGCUUUAUACUUAAUUACAUGUAUUGGUCAGGUUGGAGCUGCUGUAUUGAACGGAUGAUCUGCAGUGGAGACUAGAAGCAAUGUUCCAAUAAUAGUUAAUCCUUCACUCUUUCCAGUUAGAUUGGAUGUCACAUUAAGCAACAGAAAGUGAUGGCACUUACAUGCAAACCAAUCUGUAUAUAUGACUUGGUAGAUCUGCAAUUAUGAUCUGUGUAGUAAAAUGGUCUUGAGCAUAUUAAUUUCAAUAGGUGGUUAUAUAAUACAUGUCCAGCAGGUGGUGUUUGUAUAAAUACAAAUGGUCAGUUCUGGGUUUAACCAAUUAGAGAGAUCAUUUAUUGGACAGUGUGAAUGCCAGGAGAUAAUUGGUUCCGAGCUAAGCAACAUUUGGAAUUUUAAGACAGCAUUAAAUAAAAAAUAAAAAAAAACAAGAUUACUUUAAUUUUUGUAUUCAAAUUGGAUUCUAAAUGGAUAACAAAAUUGUUUGACUUUCAAAAUGCAUGCCAAGCAAGUAAAAUAUGCAAAUGAGCUUGAAUGAAUUAAAUACAUGUAUAAUUCCUAAAUAUUCAUCAGCUUUGGCUUACGGAAAUAUAAUGCAAUAAUGAUCAUCACGUAGCCUUUUUAAAUCUUUUUUUUUCUUAAAUAAUCCAUUUUGAGUCCAAAAUGAAUCUAUAAAUAAUAAAGUCUACAGAAAAUAUGCGAUGUAAAAACUUUGUUCUCAAUUGGAGUGCAGAUACACGAAAGUGAAUAGGAUACUUUUUUCUUGCAGUGUAAGUUUUCUAGAACUCUGUGACACGGUAGCCUCACAGCCCACAUGGUAUUUGCAGGGAGAGGAGACUCAGACACAGAAAGCUGCAAGUUAAAUUGCGCAAAUGUGCUCUUUAAUAAACAAAUAAACAAAAAUAACAGACAAAACACACUGAACAAAAUAAAGGGCACAAGGGCCAAAACAAAAGGUUCUACAAAAACUCACAAACGUAAACAAGACAGCACAGCACACCAUAGACCAUAGACCAUAGACCAUAGACCAUAGACCAUAGACCAUAGACCAUAGACCAUAGACCAUAGACCACCUCUAUCACCAACAUGAAUCCUACUAACCUCUAACACCCAUGAACACCUAUUUUAUACACCUGUGGCUGGAGCCUAAUUAAUCAUUUAGUCAUUUAUUCAAUUGUCGGCUCCAGCCACAUUCUCACAUGUUUUGACAGGGUGAAAUGUAGCCUCCUCCCUGCCAACCUAAUAUUCCCCAUACAACACGCACCUGUGCACCGGCAGGGCUUUCACCCUGCCACACUGCCACAAACCCAAAUCUCAGACAGGAGUAAACUAGCCACAUUAGCUAACAAUGUGCACUCUAUGCAAACUGGCAGUUAACCAAAUUAAAUCCUGGUAGUCAUACCUUUCUCUAACUGGCAAGGACUCUGGUAGCACUUUGAACUGUUUUUUCACAUUUAAGAGGGAAGGAUUAGCUUCAUAUUGUGUGGUUACUGCAGAUGAGUGCACAAGUAAGAAUGUUUUUUCAUCUUCUUUUUGUAUGAUAUUUUUUAUUUAGAUAAGAAGAUGCCAGGUUUCAAAGGAAGAAUGGGUUAAUUUUUUAUGCUGCAUUGUCGAGGGAUAGUCGUAUUUUUUUUAUGAAAAAAGGUUAUGCACAAUGCAGAUCUGUGCACAAGUAGAACGGUUAUUGUUUUAAUAAAGCGUUAGUGAUACCGUACUGUAUAUUACAUUUUUUAACUUAAAGGGUGAGGCAAUUUGGAGAAAAGAAAUUGGAAAUGGUGAAUAUCUUUUUUUUCAGUUUUUCUUUUUAUUUAUUUGUUCAAGCGAGGAAAUUGCUGCAGUGAUACAGUAUGUGCACAAUAUUUCGUUCUAGCACAAGUUAGCUCUCUGAGUACUGAGCUGUGUUUAUCUAUCUAUUUAUUUUCUGCACCGCAAAUUGCAGCUACUGAAUGGAAAUAGGCAGAGGGUAUUCAACAGAACUCAAUGGAUCAGUUAUCUUUUAACAAAAAUUCAAACCCAUUAAAACCUCCUGAUACAACACCCACACCGCAUUGUGCGAAACUCUGCCUUCACGAUGACUCCCUCUCUAGAGUAUGGGUGCUUUAGUUAUGGUGCUGAAAAUAAUUGCGUACACAGUAUUCAAUUGAUGUAGUCAUUUAGGUAGAGUGUGUUCAUUUUACAUACAACUCCGGAGCUGAUGUCUUGAUUCUGAAGAGCUGUAGUGUUACUGUGUCGACCUCAAUCCUGGAUAUCUGGGUCAAUUUCGGAUGCUUUUAAGUAGCCCACUCAGUAGCUCUGUAGUGUAAACCAUGCACUGAAAUAAAUGUAGCCCAUACCCAGAGAUGUUCAUGAACCCUUAAUAGGGCACUGAAUUAUUAAGGCUCUGGGCAAGUACGUAGGUGAAAUGCUUUUUAAACACACUGUCUGGUCUAGGUGGCUUCAUCAUAUCAGAGCAGUAAGAAACCUUAACCCUCUUUAUCCUGGUUAUACCCCUAUGGUUUUUGUUGGUUUUAUACCUUUAAUGCAAAUCUGUUAUAUGUAUCAAAGAUAGUGUAAACCCCCAAGCUCUUAGAGUAGAACUAUCAAAGGUGAAUUAGAAACUGCAAAAAAAUUACAGUAGGUCUAUUGACUAUGAACACAGCUAUGAAUACAGCUGUGCUGUAUCUCAGAUAACAUCAACUACUACUGCAGUGGUAUCCAGAAAAAUCAGAUUACACAACUUUUACUGUACUCGGCAAUAUAUAAUCUAUGUAGUUAAAUGUUUGAGUGUGCAUAUAUAUAUAUAUAUAUAUAUAUAUAUAUAUAUAUAUAUAUAUAUAUAUAUAUAUAUAUAUACACGUAUGUUUUUUUUGUGUUUCAAAACUAAAGACUUUCUUGUGGAUAAACCAAACGCAAAAGGAAGCAUACAUAAAGUGACUGCAGUUCUCAAAGGGUUAACAGAAAAGCACAAAAGCAUGUAAUUACAAUACUGGUGUAUCUAUCUGCUUCUCUAUUUAGCCAGCCUUUGCUGCUUGUAGUCACAAAAUGCUUUUAUUAAUGUGUUUCAGUUAAAAAAAACUUUUUUAUGUGAUUGUCUACAACAUUUCCUUAACCAAAUUCUUAAAUUAAAAUACUUCAGACUUACAUUUUCAAUGAAUGUUAUUAAAUAAAAUAUUUAUCAGUAAUAGUGUUUGACUAUAGGUAUACAGUUUAAUAAAUUAAAUAUGUUAUGAGGAAAACAUUUUUAAAUACUUGACAUUAGGAUUUCAUUGGUGGCUUUCAUUGGUGACGUGGACUGUCUACCCACAAUUCACUGGCAAGAGCAGUAUUGGACGAAGGACAUACUAAGAUAUAGAUUCUCUCUUUGAUAUUUACCUAGUUUAUCAAUGCUAAAUUGUUAUAUUAGACUACUCAUUGAUUGUGAACACCUUUGAAGGCAAGAGAGAUUCAUGUAUUUGAACAUCUUUGAUUUUUAAUGUUAUUGGCAUUGUAGAACAAAAUAGUCCUGUUGUUAAACCCAGCGACAUGGUGUUUAACAUGCAGUCAUGUAAAAUGUCAUUGCUUUUCAGUAGCAAUCAUCGGACUUCAUGUGGUGCAUUCAGCAGUUAACAAGCCAAUCCUGUGAAUAAACAAUUUAUUCAAAAACAAAA